GGCCGUUCUCACCUCGGUGGAGGCCGCCGUGAUUCCUUCCCGGCCCGGGUGGAGGCCAAGGACCCAGGGAGUACGCUCCCUUCCUAUUCCGGAUCCACCACGACGCCCAGACCCCCGGGCUGUCCGGAGAGCCGCCCGCCGCCCGCGGAGCCAGAAAUUGGAGCCACCGUCUCUCCCGCCAGUGCGGGAGGAUAAGCAGAGCGAGAGCGUCACUCGCAGGACCCGGGUCCCGAAUCACGACUCAGCCCACGUAGACGUCCACGGGGAAUGUAGCGUUGCAGCCCUCAUUAAGGUUUGACGUCAACGAAGAAACUGAGGGGCUGCUUCCCCACCUGAACCUGAGACUGCCAGAACAACUUGUCCAGACCACCAGGGACCUGAGAGCAGAGAGAAUAUCUGCUGCCUGGCAGCCCUGCGUGGGGCUUUCCAGCAUCAAAAUAGACGAACCAGGGCUUCCCUGGUGGCGCAGUGGUUGAGAGUCCGCCUGCCGAUGCAGGGGACACGGGUUCGUGCCCCGGUCCAGGAAGAUCCCACGUGCCGCGGAGCGGCUGGGCCCGUGAGCCAUGGCCGCUGAGCCUGCGAGUCCGGAGCCUGUGCCCCGCAACGGGAAAGGCCCACGUACCGCAAAAAAAAAAAUAGAUGAACCAGGGUACAGAGGACUUUCCACCUUUCAGAAAGGAUUUUGGCUCACUGUUGGAAAGGACCUUACCGCGGAUAGCAUCACCCCAGCCCAGGAGUUCACUGCUAAAGAGGACUUCGCGUCCUCCUCAAGCUCUUACGCAGAAUUACCCCUUGGACUCAACCCAGCUGUGUCGCUCCACACUUACAGCAGCCUCCCCUACUCCUCCCCUAAGCGUCUCCGGGACCAUUUACAGCAAUAUCACCCAUGGGGUGUCUACCUUCCAGAGCUAGCAGCUUACUUCCCCCGGGAUCCUGCUAUAGUCUACCCUGCCUGGUAAACUUUCCUAAAGAGCUGCUGAAUCUUCAGUCAUCUGGUCGACCUUCCAAAGCAUCCCUCCAAAGCAGAGCCAGCUUUUCUUCAAGCCCCAGCCCAUGUUUUCUACAUAAAUCCUAGUGGUCAUUCUCAGCAUCCGUGGAAGCUGGGAAAUGUAGCGCUUUAUCUGGAUACAACAACAAUAUUUAUUUCCUAAAUAAAAUUGUGGUUCUGAAGGGCAAUAAGUUAAAAGAUUAUUUACCUCCCUUGGUUACAAAAAGAGGAAAUACUUCUUCCAAGACUCGGGGUAGCUGCGGCCAGUUCUCCCGGAGAAAUUAUUUUACCACAAAGAUUCAGAGCACAGAGCCCGGAAGCCUUUGCCCACCAGCCUCCCUGCCGCUGCACUGCAUGGGCACCUUCUGAGAAUGUCAUUUCAAAAGCCAGAUAAAAGCCAAACGAGGAGGCUGGGAGAAGAGUGUCCAACGUAGCUGUUCUGAAAACCACUCUCCAUUUCAUUCUGGAGCAGGGAGGUUACACCACACAUCACAAAAGCUUCUCUCCUCGCAGAAAAUUAACUGAGCCAUACAGAUUGUACAAAUCAGGACACAAACUUCUGGGUGGAGCAUUAAAUCAACUGUUAUAUUUCUUCAUUUUGCAUUUAGCAAGGUCAUGGAAGAUCUAGAGGAAACAUUAUUUGAAGACUUUGAGAACUACUCCUAUGCCCUGGAAUAUUACUCCCCAGAGACUGAUUUGGAGGAGAAAGCACACCUAGGAGUCAUUCACUGGGUCUCCCUCGUGUUAUACUGUUUGGCAUUUGUGCUGGGCAUUCCAGGAAAUGCCCUUGUCAUUUGGUUUACGGGAUUCAAGUGGAAGAAGACAGUCACCACUCUCUGGUUCCUCAAUCUAGCCAUCGCAGAUUUCAUUUUUCUUCUCUUCUUGCCCCUGUACAUCUCCUAUGUGGCCAUGAAUUUCCACUGGCCCUUUGGCAUCUGGUUGUGCAAGGCCAAUUCCUUCAUUGCCCAGUUGAACAUGUUUGCCAGUGUUUUCUUCCUGACGGUGAUAAGCCUGGACCGCUAUAUCUACUUGAUCCACCCUGUCUUAUCUCAUCGGUACCGGACCCUAAGGAACUCUCUGAUUGUUAUUAUAGUUGUUUGGCUUUUGGCUUCACUAAUGGGUGGUCCCGCCCUGUUUUUCCGGGACACUCUGGAGUUCAAUAACCACACUCUUUGCUAUAACAACUUCCACGAGCAUGAUCCUGACCUCACGUUGAUGAGGCAUCAUAUUCUGACCUGGGUGAAAGUUAUUGUUGGGUACCUCUUCCCUCUUCUAACAAUGAGCAUUUGCUACUUGUGCCUCAUCUUCAAGGUGAAGAAGCGAAGCAUCCUGAUCUCCAGUAAGCACUUCUGGACCAUCCUGGCUGUGGUCAUUGCCUUUUUGAUUUGCUGGACUCCGUAUCACCUGUUUAGCAUUUGGGAGCUCACGAUUCACCACAAUAGCUAUUUCCACCAGGUGCUGCAGGCCGGAAUCCCCCUCUCCACUGGCUUGGCAUUCCUCAAUAGUUGCUUGAACCCCAUUCUUUAUGUCUUAAUUAGUAAGAAGUUCCAAGCACGCUUUCCGGCCUCAGUUGCUGAGAUACUAAAAUAUACGCUGUGGGAAGUGAGCUGUUCUGGCACAGUAAGUGAACAGCUCAGGAACUCUGAAACCAAGAAUCUGUGUCUCCUGGAAACAGCCCAGUGAAUUCUUACUCUUGCACAGAUCAUAUGGCUUUUGUGUGGGUCCCCUGACAGAUGCUUUCGGAUUGUUUGGGUCCAAGACAUAGAGCUGACUGUAUCUUUUUAUUGUUUUUGGU